UUAGAUUCACUAACUGGCAGUAUAGGGAUAUCAAGCAUCUCCUCGAGGGCGAAACCUGUAGCUGCACCAGUUGCGUCCUCAACCCCUUCCAGUGGUGCUGUGACAGGAACUGUUACAUCAGAUGCUCACAAGACUGGUUCUAGGACUUUAGAUAAAGAUUCACUUCGAACUUUCAUAAGUAGUUCAAUGCCCUUUGGAACACCGUUGGAUUUGAGCUUCCCCAAUAUUAUUUCCAUUAAGGUUAAUGGCUUUUCACAAUCAGAUCUUCCUCCGGCAGACCUCAAGCAACCAGCAUGGAAACCUUACCUAUACAGAGGAAGGCAGAGAAUGCUAUUCUCAGUUCAUGAGACUGUCCACGCUGCUAUGUAUGACCGAGACGAGAUUCCAGAUAGUAUAUCAAUUUCUGGUCAAAUCAAUUGUCGAGCAGAAUUAGAAGGAUUGCCUGAUGUGUCCUUCCCCUUGAAAGAUCACAUUGAAGUUUUAUCAUUUCAUCCUUGUGCUCAAGUUCCAGAAAAAGGUAUUGAUAAGCAAGCUGUGAUGUUUUCACCACCAUUAGGCAAUUUUGUUCUAAUGCGUUACGAAGCAGUCUGUGAUCUUGGACCUCCCAUAAAGGGAUUUUACCAAUUGUCGAUGGUCUCUGAAGAUAAAGGUGAUUUCUUAUUCAAACUGCGGCUAAUGGAUGGUUACAAAUCUCCUCUCACUAUGGAGUUUUGUACUGUGACUAUGCCUUUUCCGACGAGAAGGGUUGUAUCUUUUGAUGGCACUCCAUCGGUUGGAAUAGUUUCCACUACAGACCAUUCUGUGGAAUGGAAGAUUGUAAUGGGUGGGAGGGGACUCACCAAAAGUAUUGAGGCAACCUUCUCUGGGAAAGUUCAGUUUGCACCAUGGAAACCUAAAAAAUUACCUCCUUCUAGUUCGGCCUUUGGAAGCAUAGCUGAUGAAGAUAGCGAUAUUGAGACCGAUGGGAACAAUAAUAGUAUGGUAAAUAUAGAUGAGUUCCUAAUGGAGAAAAUGAGUAAGGAUCUUCAGCCAGCUGAUUUGGAGGAGCCAUUUUGCUGGCAUGCAUACAAUUAUGCCAAGGUAUUUGCUUCCUUUUUGUUUUUCUCAUAUUUAGUUGGAGUUCGUGCAACCGAGAAUGAUGUCUUAUAAAAAAAAGUCUGUUGGCAAUUGGAAAUG